GCAUAGCAAAACCUAGCCUUAUUCUGCAUCAAUUUCAUCAUUUUCCUUCUUGAUAACUGUGUACGAGUUUAGACCCAGUUCGUGUUCAUCAAACCAUUUCUGUAAAUUAAAUCCUCUUCCAUCAAAACCUGAUCCGCAAAGAGGAACCAGAGACAUGGGAGCCCUACCUGUGGUUUAUACAUUGGGAUUCACCUCUAAUCAUUUCGGAUCUCAUGGCAACAGGCUGAGCGACGUCCGAAGAACUGUAAAUACUUGUGUAACAAUGUCUCCGGCAGCCAAGAUUGAAUCAACUUUUACCGGUGGCUGCAAGAUUCGACAGAGGUUGAGGAGGUUAUCUUCGUUCCCAUCAAGUUCAAGAUCCUUCACUAGCCAUCUCUGCAAGUCUCAACUCGUUCAAGAUUUUGCCCCUGCAGCUUCUGCAGGCUACGCUGUUCUUCUCCUUGGCGGCGGCCUAUUUGCCUAUAACAAAUCAGGAAGCAAAGGGUCGCUUUUUGGCGGACUUACGGGGGCAACUCUUAUGUCUGUUGCCUACUAUCUUAUGCAAACACCUGAGACGAAGGAAAUUGGCGAUGCACUUGCAUUUGGAGCUUCUCUUCUUUUUGCCUCUAUAUUCGGCAUUCGUCUUGCAGCCACGCGUAAAGUGAUUCCGGCAGGCUUUUUGUUAGGCAUUUCAAUCAGCUUAAUGGCAGUGACCUUUUCAGCUUAUUUACAAGAUAGGAUCUGAUGAAAGAUAGUUUGCCUUUAGUUUCCUGUUUGUUGUAAGUUGGCACCAUUCUUGCUUUUUCAUCUUGUAUGUUAGUCAAUAUAAGAUCGUUUUCCUUA